GAAUCUAGAUCAACGAUGACGAAGAAUCACGGAUCGCAGGGAAGAGUGGCUCCGACCGGUGGGAACAAACGCGACAUCGUGUUCCAACGUGCGUCCAACGUGCAACGGCCGAUCAAUAAUACCCGGCCUUUGCAAGAGGACAACUGGCAGGUUGUAAAUGGUGUCCAGACGGUAAAGUGCAACUCGUUGGCAAAGGGCAACAGUUGCCCCGUGAACCAGUGCAGCAUCGUCGCGUCUAGGGGGGACCUCGCUCGAAAUAACUGCACCGCGAGAGAGACGCCGGCGCCGUGCAUCGUUGACAAGAGGAACAAGACGGCCGAUGUGGACGCGAGUGGCACUCGCGCAAAACGUCGGGACGACAACUUUCUUCUCGGCGAGCGGAUCGCAAAACACGCGGAAGGAUCGACGGAUUUGAGGAAAGGUCAACGGCCCAUAAGGAAAUCGUUCUCGGUGCCCGACUACCUGAGAGAAGGUCUUUCGACAACGCGGAAGAUCGGGCGAGGAUCGGGCGAGGAGAGCAUUCUGAAAAAGUCUUCCGCGUUUCUCUCCAACUUCGCCCAACUUCCCGGGGGCAAAAUUAGAGAUAGGAAAUUGAACGACUCGAAGCGGAAUAAUUGUUGCGGCGAGGCCAAGUAUCCGUGUUUCAAAGGUUACCUCUCGCUGUUGGACAACGGUCUCGACCCGUUUCAACGGGCGCCAACCGUGCAAACGUUGCUGGUCGAGCGAAGGAGGACGAGCGGUGUAAAGAAAUCUGUGUCCUUCAGCUCGGACACGAGCUUCGAGGAGAAACGCGCGCCUUAUAAAAGAGCGGCCGUGCACGAGGUCAAGGUGUAUCACAAGGGUGUUCUGCAAGAUCGUAGCGUACGCGAGGUGGAUAUCGUCACAAAAGUGCCGUCCUCGUGGGAAGCGACCUCCGAGGGCCCGGCGGCCCUUCUGAGGGCGGCGAGAGACGCCGACGAUGCGGCCCUCAACGAGAUCGCAGUCCAAGUGCGGAAAUUUGGAUUUGGAGGCAUGGACGUCAAUAUGGCCGAUAGCAGCGGCAGGACCGCCAUCAGCUAUAUGGCCGGAAAUGGUGCCUCGACGAUGUUGGAGCUAGCGCUCUCGUUCGAAAGGGCGGAUCCGAAUAUUCCCGACAACGAGGGCAACACGCCGCUGCAUUUCGCCGCGCAAGCCGGGCAAACGGAAUGUUUGAACAUACUCCUUCAAAGGUGUCCGGACAUCGAGGUGGACGCGAGGAACGCGUCGGGUUUUACACCGUUGAUGAAGGCAGCCCUUCAAGGAAGGACUAAAUGCGCGAAAAUUUUGUUAUUCGCCGGCGCGAAUCCGACAUUGAGAGAUCACGGGAGAGGAUUGAGAGCGGAACAGUGGGCCAGAUUUUGUGGGAGGUACGUGUGCGCCGAAGUGAUCGAAAGGUUCGCCAGGCAUCGACUUCUCGAAAGAUCGACAUCUUGUCGGUGGGGUAGCGAACCUGAACUGGCAGCAAAGGUAUUGCAAGGAAAGGUCGUGCCAGUCCCUGCUGCACCGUUGUCGUCGUCAUCUUCGGGACUCAAGUCAAAAAUAAGAAAAGUUUUUCGCACGACAUCUGGACCAGACAGAAAUUUUUCUCUGGUCUCGCAAUUGACUAGCGCUGCCCUUUGCGCGAGUAGUCCCGCUCUACCAAAAUCAAGCGACGUUCCUCCCGUCGUUAAAAGUCUUCUCCGACCAUUGAGCGUUCCGCAAUUAAGGGUGACGUUAGUUUCACCGCAAGAUUUCAUCGAGCAAUCAAAGGACAAAUAUGGGUCAAAUUUCACGGAGAAAAUCGAGAAUACGGUAGGGAAACCGUCACGGUCGAAAAAGAAAAAUAAAUAAAUUGGUAAAUUUGCGUUCGUAAGUCGAUUUGUCAAUAAACUCGCGCAAGCGUGAAAAAUCGCGACGUUUCUCGUUUCUCGAAAAAAAAAAAAA